AUGGGCGAUAUCUUCUGUCGCGAGUGCGCGCUGAGCAACAUUCUAGCCCAGAAACAAGAGAUCAAGCGUUUGGAGAAGGCAAGAGAGCAGGAGGAGCGCGAGGCCGCGGAGUCACAGGCCCGACAAGAUGCCGAGGCACAGGAGAGGGCUGUCAAAGAAUUCGAGCUGAUACAGGCGGGCUUCAACAGCUCAGGUGGCCGGAGUGGGAAUUCGUCUGGCCAGCGCGAAACAACAGCACAAGGAGCGCAAGAUACAAGUCUGGUCAAGAGGGGAGAGAAACGAAAAUUCUCACUGGAUGAGGACGAGGUUCUACGGAACGCGAUGGACGACCGAGCGAAGGCUCGGAAAGCCAUUGAAGACGAGAAGAACGCAAAGGCUGUCUUGCCAUCAUUCUGGGUGCCGUCAGUGACUCCUUCCUCGAACAAGAAGGAUACAUUACAUGAAGUGAAGAAGAAGACUAAGACAGCGCCAGUCUGCCCAUCAUCGGCAGAGGACAAGCCACACCAUUAUUCCUUGCACACGCUGGUAUCUAUAAAAUUUACCGAGGAAACGGAUUCUACGACGAAGGCAGUGCAGAAAAUAUGCCCGUCCUGCAAAAAGGGCCUCACAAAUGCAUCCAAGGCACAGUUGGCCAAGCCUUGGCGCAUUGACCCACAUGACAGUGCUACUGAUCCAAAUAUGGUGAGGUGCUAUGUUUGCGAUGCCGACCUGACGGAGAGGAAGAAGUCCGAAAAAGGCGACAAGAAAGAAAAGGACAAGAUUCGACCUGGCCUAGUCGAGUUGAAGAGCGACGGCACUGGCUUCUCGGCUAGCGGUGUCAAUGAGGUCAAGAAGAAUGGCGUAGUAUUUCAGUGCUGA